UGCAAAGAAAAGAUUUUACAUGUUUCUGUUGCUGUGUUUAACUGCAGAGCACUGGCAUGGUGGAAUGAAAGCGCCCGUGAGUGGUUCUUGUACGCAAAUCUUAGCACCCAAGGUGACUAUUGAAUUGUGAACCUCUUGUCUUGGGGUUGAAAUGUUAAUGUUGUAGCCAUUAAAGCUGGUAAAACAAACUUUUCUCAUUGUUACGCCUUACUUUUCUGAUUUCUUGUUACUGCUUGUGUGUCAUUGUCCAGGUAAAAAGUUCAGAGGGAAAAGAAAAGGAUAUUAGUGAGAGAAGUAAGAACCAAGGGAAGCAAAAAGUCACAAUUAAAACAGAUGGCUGUCCCUUGUAGCUGCCCUUACUUCCUAGACACUUUGUUUUCUCUAGGCAAAUGAAUUGUUAUGAAACUGCUAAAACUCGAAAGCGUAUCCUGCUCAAAUCCUUCAGAAUAUUUUCCCGGAGACUUCUACCAGGACUUCACCUACCAGGAUCACCAGACCUUUUGCAAGGAUGUUGUUCACUGUUGUCCAAAGCCUUUGUGCAGAACUUGCAGUCUCUGCCGGUGCAAUGCCAGGAUACACCACCUGUAUCUUCUAUAGUAAAUUCUGAAGCACUGCUAGGUUAUGCCACUGAUGUGGUUGAUUUUAUUGUGAAAUAAGCAGCGAAGAAUAACCCUUUCAGAUCUGACUUGCUCGUAAAUUUUUUUGGCAGUCAGCUCCUUUGUUGCAUCUCCCUCAAACAACUUCCUUGACCUAAAGUCAUGCUUUGAUAACACCCACAUCUAGAGUUUAACUAUUGUAUCUGCCUUUGUCCUGAAGGCAACGUAUUGCUCCUUUGUAAGUCGUGUUUGUAUUCAAGCUUGUGGCAAAAGAUAAUGACUUUCUGUGAGGGCAAUCACAAAAAGCAUUCAGUGCGGGGGACAAUCGGAACUGAUUUGUAGUUCCCCAGUUCUGAUCUCUGCAGCUACAGGACCGGUGAAUGCGAGUAGUUACAAAGCACGACUGGUUUUACUUAGAUUGUUUGAAAUUGGAAUGCAUGUGAAGGUUCCCUGCUACUGGCAGCGGUGAGCAGGACACGGGGAAAAGCUUAUGGGAUGGAUAUAUAGUUGAACAAAUGCGUGAUUGAAGACCAUGGGAACAUACAAAAACGUUGACUUGUGGAUAGCUAGAAGAAAUAAUUAUACUGUGAGCUCCUUUUGGACCAAAUAGAGUGACAGGGAUAAACAGCCCAAAUUGUUCCCAUUGCAUGCCUGUGGCUGCUAGUGAAGGAAGUACUGUGCACAGUAACUACAGCUCCAGCUGGGUUUCAAAAAAAAAAAGUUAUCCUUUUUAAUCUGUGUUCAAGCUAUUGCUAAUAUUCCUUGCAUGUCAGGCUCUUUCAGAGAUGACUCAAAAGAAGAAUGUGUCUCAGGUUAGUUUAAGAACCAUUCUGUUUUUCCUGCAAGCUCCCAUGGCUGAAGUUACUGGCAGAGUUCCCUGAAAUGGAGGUUUACGUUGAGAAGACAAAAAGCUGUGGUGAAGAAGGGGAAAAAGGUACCGGUAGAAGACAGAGCUUUGACAUUCUUUUCAUGAAAGAGGUUUACAAGUAGUUGUCUUAUAAUAACUUUGAGAAGAAGUUCUAUGUAGCUCUUACUUUCAAGAGUGCUGCAAAAAUGAUUACUUCAGAUUUGCCAGUACUACAGGAUUCUACAAAUGAAACUACUGCACAUUCAGAUGCUGGCAGUGAGCUUGAAGAAACAGAAGUCAAAGGAAAAAGAAAAAGGGGCCGUCCUGGCAGGCCUCCAGUUUUCUUUGCCCAGUCUGCCGCUAAGAAACCUCGCAAGUCUCCAGGAGACAAAGGUCGUUUGGAGGCUGGAGCCAGAGGAGCAAGUCGUGGACGAGCUAAUGGCCACCCUCAGCAGAAUGGAGAAGGGGACCCUGUCACUUUGUUUGAGGUGGUUAAGCUGGGGAAGAGUGCUAUGCAGUCUGUGGUGGACGACUGGAUUGAAUCAUAUAAACAAGACAGGGACAUAGCACUUCUGGAUUUAAUCAACUUCUUUAUCCAGUGUUCAGGAUGUCGAGGUACUGUAAGAAUUGAAAUGUUCAGGAACAUGCAAAAUGCAGAAAUCAUAAGGAAAAUGACAGAAGAAUUUGAUGAGGACAGUGGUGAUUACCCACUUACCAUGCCUGGGCCACAGUGGAAGAAGUUUCGAUCCAAUUUUUGUGAGUUCAUUGGAGUGCUCAUUCGACAGUGUCAGUAUAGCAUCAUCUAUGAUGAAUACAUGAUGGACACGGUGAUUUCUCUUCUGACUGGUUUGUCAGAUUCCCAAGUCCGGGCUUUCAGACACACCAGUACGUUAGCUGCUAUGAAGCUUAUGACUGCUCUUGUGAAUGUUGCCUUAAACCUGAGCAUUCAUCAGGAUAAUACACAGAGGCAGUACGAAGCUGAGAGAAACAAAAUGAUUGGCAAAAGAGCUAAUGAAAGAUUGGAGCUGCUGCUUCAGAAAAGAAAAGAGCUACAAGAAAACCAAGAUGAAAUCGAAAAUAUGAUGAACUCUAUUUUUAAGGGUAUAUUUGUUCAUAGAUACCGUGAUGCUAUUGCUGAGAUUAGAGCUGUCUGUAUUGAAGAAAUUGGUGUCUGGAUGAAAAUGUACAGUGAUGCCUUCCUGAAUGAUAGCUAUUUAAAAUAUGUUGGUUGGACACUACAUGACAGGCAAGGUGAAGUGAGGUUGAAGUGUUUGAAAGCUCUUCAGAGUCUGUAUACCAACAGAGAGUUAUUUCCAAAACUGGAGCUGUUCACUAAUAGAUUCAAGGAUCGCAUUGUAUCAAUGACACUCGAUAAGGAAUACGAUGUUGCUGUGGAAGCCAUUCGAUUAGUCACGCUAAUACUUCAUGGAAGUGAAGAAGCUCUGUCAAAUGAAGACUGUGAGAAUGUUUAUCACUUGGUGUAUUCAGCACACCGGCCUGUUGCAGUAGCAGCUGGAGAAUUCCUUCACAAGAAACUGUUCAGCAGACAUGAUCCCCAAGCUGAAGAGGCUCUAGCAAAGAGGAGGGGGCGAAAUAGUCCAAAUGGAAACCUCAUUAGAAUGUUGGUUCUUUUCUUUCUUGAAAGUGAGUUACAUGAACACGCAGCCUACUUGGUGGACAGUUUGUGGGAGAGCUCUCAAGAACUGUUGAAAGACUGGGAAUGCAUGACAGAAUUGCUCUUGGAGGAACCAGUCCAAGGAGAAGAAGCAAUGUCUGACCGGCAGGAGAGUGCUCUUAUUGAACUGAUGGUGUGUACAAUCAGACAAGCUGCUGAAGCACACCCUCCAGUAGGCAGAGGCACUGGCAAAAGAGUCUUGACAGCAAAAGAAAGAAAAACUCAGAUAGAUGACAGAAAUAAAUUGACUGAGCAUUUCAUUAUUGCACUUCCUAUGUUGCUGUCAAAGUAUUCCGCUGAUGCAGAGAAGGUUGCAAAUCUCCUGCAAAUCCCUCAGUAUUUUGAUCUGGAAAUCUAUAGCACUGGCAGAAUGGAAAAGCAUCUGGAUGCCUUACUGAAACAGAUUAAGUUUGUUGUGGAAAAGCAUGUGGAAUCGGAUGUUCUUGAAGCCUGCAGCAAAACCUACAGCAUACUCUGUAGUGAAGAAUAUACAAUCCAAAACAGAGUUGACAUAGCCCACAGCCAACUUAUUGAUGAAUUUGUGGAUCGAUUCAACCAUUCUGUAGAGGACCUGCUGCAGGAGGGAGAAGAAGCUGAUGAUGAUGACAUAUACAAUGUUCUUUCAACAUUAAAGAGGUUAACCUCUUUUCACAAUGCUCAUGAUCUCACAAAAUGGGAUCUGUUCAGUAACUGCUACAGAUUACUAAGAACUGGAAUUGAACAUGGAGCUAUGCCAGAACAGAUAGUUGUUCAGGCACUGCAGUGUUCGCAUUACUCUAUUCUCUGGCAGCUGGUAAAAAUCACUGAAGGCUCCCCUUCCAAAGAGGACUUACUGGUAUUGAGGAAAACUGUGAAAUCCUUUCUGGCUGUCUGUCAGCAGUGUCUAUCAAAUGUCAACACUCCAGUAAAGGAACAGGCUUUCAUGUUGCUCUGUGAUCUCUUGAUGAUUUUUAGUCAUCAGCUGAUGACUGGAGGUAGAGAAGGUCUUCAGCCUUUGGUGUUUAAUCCAGACUCAGGUCUUCAGUCAGAACUUCUCAGUUUUGUGAUGGACCAUGUCUUCAUUGACCAAGAUGAUGAAAACCAGAGCAUGGAGGGAGAUGAAGAAGAUGAAGCUAACAAAAUAGAAGCCUUACAUAAGAGAAGAAACCUCCUGGCUGCCUUCAGCAAGCUGAUAAUUUAUGACAUUGUGGACAUGCAUGCAGCGGCUGAUAUCUUCAAACACUAUAUGAAGUACUACAAUGACUAUGGAGAUAUCAUUAAGGAAACCCUGAGCAAAACAAGGCAAAUUGAUAAAAUCCAGUGUGCAAAGACACUCAUUCUCAGUUUGCAACAGCUGUUCAAUGAGCUUGUUCAGGAGCAAGGUCCUAAUUUGGACAGGACAUCUGCCCAUGUUAGUGGAAUUAAGGAAUUGGCCCGGCGGUUUGCCCUCACUUUUGGCUUGGAUCAGAUCAAGACAAGAGAGGCUGUGGCCACACUACACAAAGAUGGAAUAGAGUUUGCCUUCAAAUAUCAGAAUCAAAAAGGACAAGACUAUCCACCUCCUAACCUUGCAUUCCUUGAAGUGCUUAGUGAAUUUUCUUCUAAACUCCUGCGACAGGACAAAAAGACUGUUCAUUCCUACUUAGAGAAGUUUCUGACAGAACAGAUGAUGGAAAGAAGAGAAGAUGUAUGGCUUCCACUAAUUUCCUAUAGAAACUCACUAGUUACGGGUGGCGAAGAUGACAGAAUGUCUGUUAACAGUGGAAGCAGCAGCAGCAAAGCCUCUUCAGUGAGAAAUAAGAAAGGGCGACCACCGCUACACAAAAAGAGAGUAGAAGAUGAGAGUCUAGAAGGCUCAUGGCUGAACAGGAAUGAAAACAUACAUACUCCAGGGACACUGCAAGCACCACAGCUCACCUCAACUGUCUUGAGAGAGAACACUAGACAAAUGGGAGAGCAGAUCCAGGAACACGAGUCAGAGCAGGGAUCUGAACAAGAUUUUUUACACAAUCCUCAGAUGCAGAUAUCUUGGUUGGGCCAACAGAAGCUAGAAGAUUUAAAUCGAAAGGACAGGACAGGAAUGAACUACAUGAAAGGGAGAACUGGUGUAAGGCAUGCAGUACGAGGUCUAAUGGAAGAUGACGCUGAGCCCAUCUUUGAAGAUGUAAUGAUGUCUUCACGAGGUCAGCUAGAAGAUAUGAAUGAGGAAUUUGAGGACACAAUGGUCAUUGAUCUGCCACCUUCAAGAAACCGACGAGAACGGGCUGAACUGAGGCCAGACUUCUUUGACUCCGCAGCUAUCAUUGAGGAUGAUUCAGGAUUUGGAAUGCCUAUGUUCUGAAGUCUGCUGAAGACAUUUUACAAAUUUGGAACUCUAUUGUUUAGAGCUAGAGGCCUAUAUACUGUGAUAGCUUGUAUGAAAACCACAUUUUUGAUGUGAUACGGUUUGAUUUUUAACCAAAUGAUUAAGGUCAAUCCCUUUUUGUAGUGACAGAAAGAAGAGGAACUUCUUAAUGACACAAAGGAAUGUUGGCCAAUCCAGUCACCUCAGAAAGGCUGACCUAAAAAAUCAUUUGUAUCCCUGUUCUUGACUGUCCUAAUACAGAUUUUUUUUUUCUGGAUGAGGAGGAAGUUUUAAAUUGUUAAGACAGCUGUCAAAAUAAACACUGUUCUACAUAUGUUUUCUGAAAACAACAUUGAGUGAAAACAGAACUUUUUACCUUUAUUUUUCUGCUGUACAAUUUAAAACAGUUUUAACAUUUGCCUUUUUAUGUUUUAAAAGCUAGCCAUUUUUAUUAAACCUAUGCCUAUCAGCCAUUGACUAGCAAUGAUGCUAUAAGCAGGUCAUUCUGGCUACGGAAAAGUGUUUUUGAACACACUGGAUUUGAUUAACAUUAUGGUACGCUUAUGUCCUCUCAUAGGCAUUGAGAAGAACACUCUUAUAGAAGAGGUUAGAAUUCUAAUGACGUGCAUCUCUGCCAAAAAAUUUCAGAUUCUGAUAUGAUAAACCCAGAUUUUAUACUCUUGAGAAGAUUUAUUUUUAUUUAUAAUGGGACAUAAAGUAAGAGAUGUCCAUGAAGCCACUUUUCCAACAGAUGCUGUGUAACAUUCAUUUUAUAUAGCACAUGGGGACACAAAAACAGUAAAUUUUCUAUUGGUACUUGCUCUGUGCAUUUUUAGCAACUUAUACCAGCAAAUAAAGUAUUCUCAGUAAAACACACAAAUGGUUCUCAAGUAAUCACUUUGCUGUUUUUACUACCUACUUCAAGCCCUGCCAGUCCAAGGUACAUAAACAGCAACUUUCCUAUUUAAAAAAACAAAACAAAGCAAAACAAUAAUUCAAGGGUGGGGAAAAGGAAUCACUUUAGCAUACUAAAAGCAAUUUUAACUGUACCAUAAAAAAGUCUACUUUCCAUGCCGUAAAUACCCUUUUGCGCUAUUUUUGUAAAUUAAUUUUGCCAGUUAGAAGUACUGUAUGUGCUGCAUAGAAAUUUGUGCUUAGAUGGUGAAGUUCUUAAGCUUACAAUGGAAUACAGCUACAUUUUCAGUGUUAACUGUGCAUAUUAAGAGUAAUUAUUUGAAAAAAAAUACGAUUUUUCAAAAAAGUAAAAAAGUCAAAAAAAAAAAAAAAACAAAACACAAAAACCCAAAAUGUUCUCAGCUAAUUCAUUGUAAUAAGAGAUUUUUCAAUGUCUUCAAUAAUUUGGAAUUUCAUUAUGCUUCGAUUUUAUGACUCUGCCUAGUAGCUGCUACUUAGUUAAAACUGGCCUGAUAUCAGAGGUGCUGGCCAUCCACAACUUGCACUGACUCUAGUAUCUCUAAGAAUCAGCCCCAAAAUGUUAAUCUUCCUUUCUGCAUUCUAAUAUUAGCAUUUGAGAUACAAAGCAGAUUGACCCACUUGGAGCACAGCAGUUUUAGAGGUGCUUUUUUUUUUUUUAGCAACAGCAAAAUAAUCAUGGAGCUUUUUUAUUUUACAAGCUUAUUUAAAAAUAAAACAACGUUAAUACCCAGUGCUUGCUUGCUGGGAGGGACAAGAAUCUAAAAACAAACCAGCAUUUCACAAAGCUGAGGUUUGUUUUUUUUUAAAAAAAAUGCGUGCAGUUCUCAGAAAAAAAUGUUGCCAAAAAUGUUUGACUAGGUAAUUCAGCCAUUCCUCUGACAUUGGUUGGGUAAUGUAUAAAACAUGAGAAGUGGCUGGAACUUAAUAAAAUAACAUUACCUCCCUUUCUCUUCUUUCCAUCCCAAAGGUAAUAGGGGUGGGUAGGAAUGGCUGAAUUAAAUUGUCAUCACGAUAACUCUGUGAGCAUAGUAGCAUAAUAAAUGCUGCCCGGUUUGAGUCAUAGUCUCAGACGAACCUUGUGCUUCACAGUCCUCUGUGUGGAAAACUGAUUCCUAAUUUAACAUUGUAGAAUACUGUAUAACAAACAUUUAUUAUCACGGUACCUGCAAUGGGUUUCCAGUUCAGUUUGCAGUCAAUAGGUUUUUGUAUUAUGAGUGUCUCCUUGAUUGGUUUUGCUAGUAAUUCUGUAAAUUGUACAUUUACAAUAUGAGGUUUUUUUUUUUCCUUUUGUACAAUUUAAAACUGAUGCUUCACCUUUCAUUUAAUAAACUAUUCAAAAUCAUGA